AUGAUAAUUUGUACGGCUAUACACAUACAUUUGCAGCAAUCAGCUGGCACAUGUCUACCAAAGUACCCAGCUCUGGCAGAAGAACAAACUAACCUAACAGACAAAAGAAUUACUAUAAUCCGAACAAAUGCUGCAAAAAGAAUUUCAAACAAUACUCACUACACCAAUUGUCUUCGGUUCUAUAUUCUGUCCCUCAUACACUCAUCUCACACUGAAUGUAUUGCACUCAUCAACCACUACUCUUUUUCUACUCUCCAACACCACAUAAUGGUCGAAUUGUACGGAGGCGCCAUUUCCUCAGAAUUGCCCGCAGACGCAAUCGACGUCUCCACAUUCCGCCAAAUCCCCGACACUCAGGAGGUGUUUCUUCUCGAAAAACCGACCGGCCUCGACCAGUCACUCAUCUUCGACCUUUUGGAAAGUGUAGACGCACAAUCGCUCGCAGAGGUGGUGGCCGUCCACCUCGAGGAUAUUUUGGAGGAGCCAGCCACGCUCGUUGCGCCCCUCGAACUGUUCACCAAUGAGAACUUGGCCUGUGAGUCUCACUCGUAUCUUGUCAAGCCGGGUCCCUCCAAGCUCGAGUCCGACAAUGCCAAAGUGUAUAUGCUAUUAGUUAUUCAUCGCGUAGAAAAGGUCAACACCGAUAUAGUCAUGAGCAUGAACGUUCCCGUCGAGAGCGGCGAGGUGACCGCAGAAGUGUUCAAUAAGGAAGCAGAGAAUGCCAUUGGCGGCACGUCUGUGGUGGGCGAAGCCUACAGCGUGAUCAGAAAGGCGGCUGUGACACUUAAGGUUGAGGAUUGGGCUCUUUUUGCCUAG